AUGGCUACAGAAGAGGACUUCAGCUUUCCCACCACCACCGAUACACCGCCACGAUUCAUUGAAUCGCCACGCUUAUGGCGGACAACUUCUCUAGUCUCACCCUCUCAUGAGACCCCAAAGGGAGAAGACGAUGCAGAAGGCUUCAAAUUCUUGUGUUAUUGUACAUCAAAUGACAAGAAGUCCAAAUCUGCUUUCCAAAGGAAGAGCUUCUCACACAUAGAAUGUGGGAUGAAGACUAGAAGGCAUGAAGAUGGUAAUUUUGGCAGUGAUCACGAAGAUGAGGAUGAUCAAAAAGAAAAAAUGGACAUGUUAUGGGAGGAUUUCAAUGAAGAAUUUUCAAGGAAUUCUAAGUCGUCACCAUCAUCAAUGGCCGAUUCUGAUCAUCAGCAUAUGUCUAUGAUGAAGAUGUUAAAUUUUGGGUGCGUACAACCCCCGUUAAAGUUGUCUAGACCAAAUAAAAAGCCAAGUAUACUGGAGUUCAUGAAGGUCUUGAAGAAGAGGUUCCUACUCCAAAAUUCUCACCGUUCCACCAAGAAAACUCAACGGUGA